AUGAACGACAACCCAUCCCCUGCAUAUAUUAUACGCAAGAGGAGAAGAGAAGUGAAGCGCAUAGUCUUCUUCCUCUCCUCGUCUUGGUGCCUUGGCGUCGCAUUGCAAGUUUGCAACCGCAUCGAUUGUUCAAACGCGCACAUCUCCUGCGGCGGGUACAUGAAAAUCAGAAAGCCCCCAAUAAGUGGGGAUACUAUGCAUGACAGGGCAGACUCUGCGGCCUCUGAUGCCGCUGCCUCGGCUGGAGAGCUCACGCUGCCCAACGGCGACCUCUACUCCGGCACGCUGUCAUGCGGAGUACCGGAGGGCACGGGGCGGUACGUCUGGUCCGGCAGCGGCUGCGUCUACAGCGGCGGGUGGAGUCGGGGGAUGAGGCAUGGCACCGGAAGGACAAGGUGGCCAUCGGGAGCCGUCUACGAAGGCGAGUACUCCGCCGGCUUCAUGGACGGCCAAGGAACACGCAUCGACGCCAACUCCUCCUCGUCUUACAAGGGCCAAUGGAAGCUGGACCGCAAGCACGGCAUCGGGCUCCAGGCGUACGCCAAUGGGGACGUCUACCAGGGCUCCUGGAACCACGGGCAGAUGGAAGGCCAUGGCAGGUACACAUGGGCCAACGGCAACACUUACGUCGGCACCAUGAGAAACGGCCUCAUGUCCGGCAAAGGGGUCCUCACGUGGAAGGUCACCGCCGCCGCCGCCGGCGACUCGUUCCAGGGGAACUGGCUCGACGGCUUGGCGCACGGGUACGGGUUGUACACCUGGGAGGGCGGCGGGUGCUACCUCGGGACAUGGACCAGGGGGCUCAAGGACGGGAAAGGCACCUUCAGCCACACGGUUCCCGCGGCUCUCGUCGACGACCUGAGGAUGAGGGGCGUGCUCCCUGACAUCUCCUUGGGCGGCACCGCGGCGGCUCCAGAGCCACCGGCGGCGCGUUUGUCCAGGAGGAACUCAGGACUCGGACGGCCUCCGAUGAAGAAGAAUGCGUCCCUGCAGAGACGCCGGAGUAUCGGAGUCACCGGAGGUCCUGACAAAACGCUGGAUUCUAGCUCCUCCCCGAUCCUCGAACGGGAGUACGCGCAGGGAGUUCUAAUCAGCGAGAUUGUGCUGGAUAAGUGGAGCCUCCCGGAAUCGUCCUCCAAGAAACUGAAACUUGGCCUCAGAAGGGCCGCGAAAAGGCCCGGAGAGACGAUAAUUAAAGGCCACAGGAGCUACGAUCUCAUGCUCUGUCUGCAGCUUGGAAUCAGGUACACAGUUGGAAAGAUUACGCCCAUCCCGGAGGGUGAAGUGCGAACUUCUGAUUAUGGCCACAAAGCUAAUUUCUGGAUGAACUUCCCCAAAAACGGAUCAAAGCUUACUCCUUCACAUCGUGCUCUAGAUUUUAAGUGGAAGGACUACUGCCCAAUGGUUUUCAGAAAUUUGAGGGAGAUGUUCAAGAUUGAUACAGCAGACUACAUGAUUUCCAUUAGUGGAAGUGAUGCACUUAGGGAGCUAUCUUCUCCUGGAAAGAGUGGGAGUAUCUUUUUCUUGUCGCAGGACGACCGGUUCAUGAUCAAGACUCUUCGGAAAUCAGAAGUGCAGGUUCUUCUGCGUAUGCUCCCAUACUAUUAUCGUCAUGUCCAAACCUAUGAGAAUACACUCGUAACUAAAUUUUUUGGCCUCCACCGGGUGACACCUUCCAGUGGUCGAAAGUUUCAAUUUGUAGUAAUGGGCAACAUGUUCUGCACAGAACUAAGAAUUCAUCGAAGAUUUGACUUAAAAGGUUCAUCUUUGGGACGUUCUACAGAGAAAAUUAAAAUCGACGAGAACACGACGCUGAAAGACUUGGAUCUGAAUUAUUCGUUUUAUCUUGAGCCUUCUUGGCGGGGUGCUUUGCUUAAGCAGAUUGAAAUCGACAGCGAAUUUCUAAGGAACCAUGGUAUAAUGGAUUACAGCUUACUUCUUGGUUUCCAUUACCGAGCUCGUCGAAACCUACAAAUAGGAUCAUCAUGUCGUGAAAGCAUUUUGCCAGAUAACUUAACCGUUCUUUCAGAGGCAGAUGUCGCAGAGGAGAAUUCCGUUUAUAACUAUCAAGAUGGGCUGAUUUUGCUGCAGCGAGGCAGCAACAAAAAUGGUCCAGCUUCUGUCGGCCCACACAUCAGGGGAAGCCGCCUGCGUUCGUCAUCGGCAUGUUUCGAGGAAGUUGAUCUUCUGCUUCCAGGCACAGGAAGGCUUCCGAUCCAGCUAGGAGUCAACAUGCCGGCAAGAGCGGAGAAAGAAGAUAAACAAGAGGAUGGCAGCAAAUCGCUCCAUCAUGUUUAUGAUGUCGUACUCUAUAUAGGGAUCAUUGAUAUUCUGCAGAAGUACAACAUGACGAAGAAGAUUGAGCAUGCAUAUAAGUCCAUCAAGUAUAAGUAUAACCCCUUGUCAAUAUCUGCUGUGGAACCUCGAUUCUACUCGGAGCGCUUCUUCAAGUUUGUCGGCACCGCUUUCCCCGAGAAUUCAUAUAAUCAAUAA